GCGCAGUGCGGCCGGUGCCGGGCUGCAGUCGGGGCGCCGGGCGCGGAGCGGGGCGGGCGCGGAGCGGAGCGGGGCCGGGCAAUGGGGCGGCAGCCGCGGGGCCAGCAGCGGGGCGAGCCGCCCCGCCUCACUCACCCGAGACCCUGCCUGCUGAAAGCCGCCUCCUUCUCCUCCUCCUCUUCAUCCCCGGUGGCGGAGGCAUGAGCGCGGCGCCCUGAGCUGCGGGGCCGGCGGAGCGGGGCUCGCCCCUAACCCCCCCCCCACCCCAAAACAGCCCCCAAAUAUCCCCUCAGCGCUGCGGGACCCGCCGCCACCUCCCUGGCUCCUCCCAUGGCAUGAGCCCGCGCUCUCCUCCCCCCCCUCCCGCCGCCUGCUUUCGCUCCGGCUCCCUCCCCGGGCCGGCAGAUGGGCUAAGGCGCCUCGUUGCCACCCCCCCCCGUGCCCUACAGGAGCGGGGGGCCCGGCCCCGAGCCAGCCGUGAGGGCCGCUUGGGUUCCCCCUGAGGCGAUGAUGAAGCCGCGGCGGGGCCGGCGGCCCCCGCCCGGCGGCUCCUCGGUGCUGCUGCUGCUGCUGUGGCACUGCUGGCUGUGGCCGGCCGGAGCCGAUAACGCCAGCCAGGCUUAUUACACCGCCCUCAUCAACGUGACGGUGCUGAGCCCCGAGCGGGGCGGCCCCACGCUGCUCCGCAUCGACCGAGGCCGCUACGGGCAGGAUUCCCCCAAGGUGGAGGUCAAGGGCCUGCUGGUGGCUCCCGUGCCCAUCAACGGAGUUGCAGAUCGCCUGGGCUGUGACCCUCGAACACGUUUCCAAGUUCCACCCAACACCAAGCAGUGGAUCGCUUUACUACAGCGAGGAAACUGUACGUUUAGGGAGAAAAUACUGCGAGCAGCUUCACAUAAUGCUACAGCUGUGGUCAUUUACAACAAUAUAUCCAGUGAAGAACCUGUCACGAUGACUCAUCAAGGAACUGGAGACAUUGUUGCUGUCAUGAUUACAGAAUCAAAGGUCAAGGAGAUCCUGAACUAUUUGGAAAAGAACAUCUCUGUCCUGAUGGCAAUAGCAGUGGGAUCCCGUGUUCCUCCAAAAAACUUCAGUCGGGGCUCUCUAGUCUUUGUGUCAAUAUCUUUCAUUGUUUUGAUGAUAAUUUCUUCAGCAUGGUUAAUAUUUUACUUCAUCCAGAAGAUCAGGUACACAAGUGCACGUGAUAGGAAUCAGCGUCGUCUUGGAGAUGCUGCCAAGAAAGCCAUCGGUAAAUUGACAACCAGGACAGUAAAGAAGGGUGAUAAGGAAACAGACCCAGACUUUGAUCAUUGUGCUGUCUGCAUCGAGAGUUACAAGCAGAACGAUGUUGUUCGCAUUUUACCGUGCAAGCAUGUUUUCCACAAAGCCUGUGUGGAUCCGUGGCUUAAUGAGCACUGUACGUGUCCAAUGUGUAAAUUGAACAUUUUGAAGGCCCUGGGAAUUGUGCCAAAUGUGCCGUGUACAGAUAACGUGGCCUUUGACAUGGAAAGGCUCACCAGAAGCCAGCCAGCUAACAGACGAUCAGCGCUGGGCGAUUUUGCCAACGACAGCUCUCUCAGCCUGGAGCCCCUGCGCACCUCUGGGAUGUCACAGCUUCCCCAGGACGGAGAGCUAACGCCAAGGUCAGGAGAGAUCAACAUUGCUGUGACAAGCAGCCACUUCUUUCAUCGCAAUUCUCUGUCCCCGCGAAGUCUGGUCUACGAGAGCGAAUUCUCAACGAUCGAGCCCGCUUUGGACAUGUAUGACGAGAACAAAACCUGAAAGGAAUCCAGAUUCCUUCUUGGCCCUUUUUCCGUUGUUUUCAUUUCUCAUUCCUAUUGUUGUGUACUCUUUCCAUGGAUCUCCUUUGUCUGAAGAAGAGCUGCUUUUUCCAGAACACAAGCCCGCCUUCUAGAUCGCAGAGAUGAAGACCAGCUGCGGUGGUUUCUGAGGGUGGCUUCUCCGAGCGUGCGCCAGCAAGGUUGUCUGAUGGAAAUGGCUGAGUAACAGCAUGGGGAGCUGUGUCGGCCCAGCCGCGGCGAUGCAGAGGAGGCUUUGCGGUGGUCCUAAGAGUUUGUUUUGUACUGCGAAUGCGUCUCUUCAAUAGGCGUCUGCUGUUUCCGUUUUUUAAUCGUCCGGAUAGUUGGGCAGCGUCAGAAAGGGAACUAGUUGCAGAGGAGAUGGCCAGUGACUGGUAAAAGCACUCCGUAUAUCUCGGUCAGUCCAUAACCUUACUGUGAAAUAUCCCCUUCCGAGAGGGACCUUUACAAGUGCAUUGAGUUUCCUACAACCCGCUCACCCCUGGGCAAUAGCAAGCCAGUCUGACAUUAAAGCUGCAGAGAGGCCCUGCGUUUGCAGAAAGGUUUCAAGGAACUUGAUGCUUCCAUUUUUUUCUCCAUUUCUAUUGAAGCAGGAGGAAAGUGGCCUAACAGAAUAUAUUUUUGGUCCUUCCGUGUGCUCCAGUCAAGUGAGUCUCUUUCUACAGAGAGGACAUUGACAGAACCAGCACUUGAUCUACCUGAAAAUCGUUAGACUUCUUGAAAUAUGCAGGAAUCUAAUUAGCUGUCUUUCUCGCUUUACUUUUUUUGGGGGGGAGGUUAAAAAAUCCACCAAACUUUUCACUAAGAUUUGUAAAAGCCAGCGUGUUGGCAUUACACAGAGAAGCAAAGAGGUAAGCUUCUUAUCCCAUUCUCCCAUUGAGAUCUUCAACAGUUAAAUAAAACACGUUCUCUAAGCUGUGCCCCUUCCCACUGCCAUCAGUAAUGUGAAUGCAGAAAGCAGAAGAAUAAAGGAAAGCAGCAACCGCUUUGAGACUUGGCAGGAAAAUCCCUUUUUACCAGAGUGUGCCAGAAGCAGUGGGGAAACGAAGAUUGUUUUCAAGCUUCUGAAAAGUAACGCGGAGAUGGACAGCGCGAGGGAGAACCUCUGGAGUUCAGUCCGUGGUGCUCCCCAGGUGAGCAGACGCGGAGAAGUGAGAGCUGCUGCUUCACCGUUUCCUCCUGGACGAUGCGUGGCUGUUUAAUGGAUGUUAACGUUGUCUCCAUUGCAGUCUAAGUUACUGUAGAUGUAGAAAUGCAUUUGUGUCCUUGUAAUGUGAAACACAGCUUCACUCUGUAUAGGAAACUUGAGAAAUCAGUAAGCCAAAAAGAAAGGUAAGACAUACCCUUCCGUGCUUUAAUUUUGUCAGCUUUUACUAAAAGCAGGGGAAAUUCCCCUGCUUUGUUUUUUCUUUUUAUUGUGUAAGUCUGCUUGACAUAUAUCCUUACCUGAAGUGUGGUUCGGCUGUGUCUUUUACACAGAUGUUGAAGAGAAAAAAGCCCAGCUCUGUAAAAUGAGGAAACGAUCCUAUUCGCAGAGCAUGCCUUGACUUCUGUUGCUGUGCAUCAGUUUCAUUUAAUCUGAUAAUUCAAGAACGGGCGGUGUGAAGUCUAGAGAGCUUUUUCUCGUAAAACCCACAUUUCCAUUUACCAUGUGCACUUUUAUUGCGAUUCAGCUAACCCUAGAAAUACGCUUACGCCCCGAGCUUUUUCAGAGCACAGCUUUAACACCCGCUUUGCCCUGCCAAGCUGUGAGGCUGUGUGAAGGCGGCAGGAAGCAGCAGCCUGGUUCUUGCCCUGGGGCAGGUCGGUUGCUUUUCUCGCCCCAGGCCUGGGCAAAGCCCCUGGUGGCACCCGGCACACACAGGCUGGGACACGGCAGGCGGCAGCUGAGCAAGCCUGGCUUCCAUCACUGCGUCUGCCAGGUGGCGGCGGGCAGGGAGCUUCCGAAAACAAGCACCCGAAAGAAAAAUCACUGUCGCUCGAGGGUGUUACAGGGCUUGUUUGUGGUCGGGUUACAGAAAGCUGUACAGGGGUGUUUGUGGUUAAAUCGAGUAGCACCAGCUGGGGAUGCCAGCGUGUUGUGCUGCAGCUCCCAACGCGGAGCUGCUGGAGUGGGGUUUUGGUGGGAUGGGAUGCUGGGGGCAUGGGAGCUCCCAGCAAGUCCUGGGCCAGCCGGCUGCAGGGGGUUCCCAAAACCAAGAGGACUUCCCCAUGGCACAUUUUUCCCAGGAAGAAGUGAGCCCGAGUGAUGCCUCCCGGCCUCGUGCCGCACGGCAGGGUAUUUUCAACCCUAGCUUUACCAUCAGCGCCCCAGCAAGCAAGGGAAGAAACAGCAAAAACCCACCCGCACUGCUCCGAGGAGGCUUUUGGGGAAGCACCAUCGAGCCUGCGAGGCGAGCUGCUUGCUGGCACCCAUGGGUGCUGCCGACCAGCGGCGUUGCUGGGCUGCCUGGGGAUGGCUCCGCAAGCCUCUGACCGCCGGAGCUGCGAGCACGGAAAGUCUCCCCCCUCGCUGCUUCCUGUUUUGCUUUGCUUUGGUCGGCGUGGGGUGGUUUGGUGGUUUGGUUCCUUUGUUUGAACAGAACUGGCCACUUCGCACCCGCUGCGUGUCAGAGUGGCGGAGAGCAGCCCGAAAGCCGAUGGAAAUCAAAAUAAGCGUUAACAAAUGCAAAGCCCCAAAAGGCAAAUGAAUAAAUAAUGUCACCUGUGCUUUGUUAAAUCUGCUUAUUUCCAAACUAGAUAAAUUUUAAUGGGGGCAGGGGGCAAGGUUUGCCUCUGAUCGGGACGCUUGGGGGUCUGGCACAGCAAUCUAAAGUUGGGUUAGUGCCGGAGCGGAGUCAGUGAGCGGAGAGGCAGCUGGAGCUGACGAUCAGAAUUUGAUGUUGUGGAUUUGGAAAAUCUUGCAGCACUGGAAACGUUAAAAGCCAGUUCGAGCAAUUGAUCCCUCCGCGCGUGCUGGGACAGGCCGUACCAGGCACUCUUGUACUUAGUCAUAGUUAGGAUGGAAAAGAGGCAGCACAGCAGCAUGGGUGAUUUUUUUUGGGCUGUGCUGCUCCGUUUGAGGUUUUCCUUUUAAUAUUAAUCAGUAUAUAAAAAAAAAGCUUGAUGAGCAUCGUUGUUCUUGUUCUGCUGCAGUGGUGCUGUGUACGGUCGAGUCAUUUCAUAGAAGUCAGAUAUACGGCGAUCUACCAAGAACUGUAGGUCAGUAACUUGGAAAAUGAUUUUUAAGGUUAAAAAAAAAAGUGUUUUUACCAGAAAACAUUAAUUUUAUGACUUCUACAUACAAAAAAUGCUUUUAUCUCAAAGUAUUUCCCUAAGCUGUCUAAACCCUAGCACCUCACCUUCCCUUUCCCCUCCCCACAUCUCCUGUUUUACGAAAGUUUUGCAUGUUUCCCAUAAGACAUUUGUAAAAUCAAGGUUUGCUUGUGUUCUUAGAGGAUAACCGACGGUUAAAAAAACAGACUGUAAGUGUGCUUUUUACCUAUAAUGCUAACAUUAAAUAUUAAAUUUGAAGCAUGAUAAAAUUUA